AGCAUCAAAACAGUUAAAACAUCUUUCAAACUUGAGGAAACAAUGUCAGGAAUGGAAAUUUGGCCAGCCGAAGACGAAUCUAGUGAGUCUCUACCACCAUUCAAUAACAGGAGUGGCUACGAUUCGAGAACUGGCAUCUACCGCUCUCUUGUUAGACUUGGCACCAAGCAUGAGAUCCCAACAAAGCCUGAUCUCAAUGUUGCCCAUCUCGUGCUAUCACAGUUCCCACAAGGAGACCUUGCAGAGGCAAGAAUAGCAUUCGUUGAUGCAGCAACUGAUAAGAGUUUGAGUUAUGGCGAGGUACGUAGAUCGGUAUACUCCCUCGCAUCAGCCUUGUUCCAUGGACUUGGGGUUAGGAAAGGGGAUGUGCUGUUUCUCCUAUCCCCUAACUCAAUCCUGUUCCCAACCAUAUGUCUAGCCGUGUUAUCAAUUGGUGCAGUUCUUACCACUGCCAACCCUCUUAAUACCGAGUCAGAAAUCGCCAAGCAGGUACGCGACUCAGGUGCUAAACUAGCCAUCUCAGCACCGGAGGAGCUACACAAAUUUGUCUCAACUGGGGUGCCUAUAAUGCUCACAUAUUGUCCAUCUAACAGCGGAAUGCUAUCAGUUGAAGAGUUGAUAGAAGGCUGCUCUUGUUCUCUGGAGUUGCCGCAGGUUACUGUGGUUCAAUCAGACCCUGCUGCUAUACUUUACUCCUCAGGGACUACUGGGGUAAGUAAAGGUGUAGUUUUGACACACCAGAAUCUCAUUUCCACACUGAAACUUCUCUUCUGGUCUGUUGAUGUAAGUGCAUCUUCAGAUGAUGUCUUCUUGGCCUUCAUUCCGAUGUUUCAUGUCUACGGCCUGGUUUUCUUUGGAUUAGGAAUGCUGUGUGUUGGUGUUAAGAUAAUUGUGAUGCAGAAAUUUGACUUCCAAGCUAUGCUUCUUGCUAUUCAGAAGCACAAAGUUAAUAACUUACCGGCAGUGCCACCAGUGAUCCUUGCACUAGUGAAAUAUGCAAGCAAAGCUGGUUGUGACUUGUCCAGCCUCCAAAGGACGGGUACAGGUGCUGCGCCUUUGAGUAAGGAAGUGUCACGGGAGUUCAGAAAAAUGUUUCCAUGGGUUGAACUAAGGCAAGGUUAUGGCCUAACAGAAAGCUCAGCUGCAGCUACCUUUCUUGUGUCAGAGAGGGAUGCUAAAGCUCGGCCAGACUCAUGCGGCCAGUUGCUUCCAACCUUUUGUGCAAAGGUGGUAGACAUUGAUACCGGAAAGCCUUUGCCUCCUCAAAAGAAAGGAGAGCUGUGGCUGAAAAGUACUACUAUUAUGAAAGAGUAUCUGGGAAAUUCGGAGGCAACAACCCUAACAGUUGAUUCAGAUGGCUGGCUAAAGACAGGUGAUCUCAGUUACAUUGAUGAAAGUGGAUUUGUUUAUAUAGUUGAACGGAUAAAGGAGCUGAUCAAGCACAAUGGAUAUCAGGUGGCUCCUGCAGAACUGGAGUCUUUAUUGCUAAGCCAUCCCCUUAUUGUUGAUGCAGCUGUUAUACCGGUUGAAGAUGAAGCAACUGGACAGAUACCAAUGGCCUAUGUUGUGAGAGCAGCUGGUUCUGAACUCUCAGAAGACCAAGUCAUUCAAUUUGUUGCAGGCCAGGUGGCUCCAUAUAAGAAAGUGAGAAGGGUGAGUUUCAUUGAAACUAUUCCAAGGUCAGCAGCUGGCAAGAUAUUGCGCAAGGACCUCGUUUCUCUAAGCAGACAACAACUUGUCUCCAAGUUAUGAGUAACCCAGGC